AUGUCCUCCAAUCCAGAGAAAAUAAACUACGCCGAAGUCCUUGGGUUCCAUUCCGUGGCAGCGGCUGUUGUAUUCGCUGCCCUCUACAUUCCUCUGCUGGGAUGGUUCAUACGCCAGUCCUACUUCCGGCCCACAUAUGUGCAUUUUGUACUUGUAUUCUUCUGCACCACCGGAUUUGCUAUCCGCGCUGUUCUUGCGGGCUCAAGUACAGCGGGAGGGAAUUUAGGACUCGUAAUUGCCGACGAGGUUCUAUUCGGCGGAGCUCUUAUGCGGAUCUCCGCCUCCCAAAACCCCACUGUUAACUUUGAUUAA